AUGCUAUCACGUCUUUCUGCGGUGGGCUUGAGUUCGCCGGCCCUUGGGACCCCCUACGUUUGCCCCUUCCGUGUUGUCUCUGGCGGGCUGGAGAUCUUCCGCAUCCAACGCCAAACUUGCGAGGAGGUCAUGAGCAUGGACCGCCUCAAAGCUGCUGUCUCCAAAACUUUGCUGGACGAACCUUUUGUUCCCCUGUCCCCGGCUUCCCCACCCUUCCCCCCUCUUCGCGACCUACAACUGCCACCACCCCAACACUUCAGCCGCAGGUCAUAG